CGAUGAUGACAUGGACUUUUUGACGGUCAAGAAAGAAAAAAAGAGUGAGGUGUGCUUUGUUGGCCGUGUUAGUGGCAUUUUCGAUGCGGUGUCCAGAUGUUUGGCCCGUCACACCAAAGGCACCACGUCAACAAGCAUAUGUACUUGGGCAAAGUGCCGUCGCCCUUCUCUGCCGCAUGUCACUCGUUCACGCAGUCGAACUGGCCAGUAGCGUUCCGUUUCACUCACACAUCCUGCAGCCUUACCCUCCCACGUUGUUGACAAAUUCCCACCGACCUGGAAUGGGAUGGUUGAGUCGUCCGCCCAGUGGUUCGCCCGCCAAGCAGUGACUCUCUGUGUGUGUGAGGCUCAAAGGGAACUAAUCCACCCCAUCCCUGCGUACGGCGGCGUCUAUCAUUGG